CAGAGAGACUACAGCCGCAGGCGCCAAUGCUUUGAAAAUCUAAAACAGGACGUGACGUCAAAUCUCGGAAGAAAAAAAAAUCCCAGAAGAUUCGUGUUAUUUCCGGACGCUUCUUGUCACAUCAGCUCGAUACAGCGUCCCACAGGCAGAGCAAUUGAAGUCAGUGGCCAUGGAUGAUGACUAUUACGUGAUUUUAGGGGUGCAGAGAAAUGCAUCUCCAGAUGACAUCAAAAAAGCUUACAGGAAACUGGCUCUCAAGUGGCACCCAGAUAAGAAUCCAGAUAACAAGGAAGGGGCAGAAAAGAAGUUUAAGCAGCUUUCAGAAGCUUAUGAAGUCCUUUCAGAUGCAAACAAAAGGAACGUAUACGAUCGAUAUGGAAAAGAAGGCUUAACUCCAGGUGGAGGAGGAGGAAGAGGACACUUUAAUAAUGACCACUUUGGAGGAUUCACAUUCCGCAAUCCAGAGGAUGUCUUCAGGGAAUUCUUUGGCGGUCAAGAUCCUUUUGCAGAUUUCUUUGGUGGAGAUCCAUUUAAUGAUGACUUCUUCGGUGGCGGUCGGCAGCACCACCACCACCACCAACACCACCACCACCACCAGCAGCGGGGCAUGAGCAGAAGCCGAACAGGAGGGUCCUUCUUUGGCGGCUUUGGGGGAUUCCCACCUUUUGGGGCAGGAUUUUCAUCUUUUGAUGCGGGUUUUUCUCCCUUUGGGCAUAUGGGAGGAGGUGGAUUAACUUCUUUCUCUUCAACUUCAUUUGGUGGAGGGGGAGGUGGCGGAGGCAUGGGCAGCUUCCGCUCUGUGUCAACCUCCACUAAAUUCAUCAAUGGCAGGAAGAUCACUACAAAAAGAAUCGUUGAAAACGGACAGGAACGUAUAGAAGUUGAAGAAGAUGGACAGUUAAAAUCUCUAACCAUAAAUGGAAAAGCCCAGGAGAUAGGCAUGCUGGAGGGUCACAGACAGAGGAAGGAGCUCCCUGACUCCUCUUCCUCCUCCUCCUCCUCCUCCUCGCAUUCUGCAAGGCAGUCAGCUCAGAGAGAGGAGCAAAAUAAAACUACAGGCAAAGAGCAAACUGGAGUCAAGAGGAAGAGAAUGACGGUGAAGGGAGAGACCAAAAAGGCCAAAGAGUCCUAAAUUUGUCUCUUCAUCUCAAUUUAUAGUACUGAUAGUCUGACAUACUGUAGCUGUGCAUAUUCUGUGUUGAGGCUGGAAAAACUCGCUAGCAGUUUUGGUUUUGUUUAUUUUAUUUUAUUUGUUUGGAUGCAAAAGUAACAUUUAUUAGAAGUUUUUUAUGCUGAUACUAAUCGAUAACAAAUAGUAAAUCAUCUGCUCUGAAGAACUUUGACUGAUUUUAAAAAAUCAAAAUAAAAACCUGAAUUUGAAAAGA